CGGUCGCCAUGGAUACGUAAACGAAGAAGCAAGGUUCAGAGCAGCAUGUCGUUUUCUCAGUGUCUCAAACAACAAGGACUACCGAGAGAAGUUUUGAAAUGGCUGCAGAGCCUCGACUUGUCAUUUUAUCCCAAGAAUGUCCGCAGGGAUUUUUCCAGUGGUUACCUUGUGGCAGAGAUAUUCUCUUUUUAUUACCCCCAAGACUUUCAUGUGCAUUCAUUUGAUAAAGGAACAUCACUUUCUGCCAAACAGAGGAACUGGAGCCAGAUAGAAAGGUCUUUACAGAAGCAGAAUCACCACCUGAUGAAAGAGGUCAUUGAUGGAACCAUCCACUGUAAACCAGGAGCAGCUGAGCUGUUGGUGCUGCAGAUUUAUUCUAUUUUAACUAACAGAAGCAUUAGAAGUGUCCAGAGCCCAGAAUCCGAUUUCACUGACAAACAGUACCAGGAUCAGCUGCCCACACUGGCUCGCUCCACUGCCUCCCAAGCCAUCAAGAAUAACCUGAGGACAACAGAGAUCAUGGCUGAGCCAGACAUCACCACAAACCAGAGGAAGGCCAUGGGAAUCCUCCUCAGACACCUGCAGUAUGACUCUGCAGGGAGAAUUCCCAACCUUGUGCGAUUUAAAGUCAACCCCAAUCUGGGUCACCUGGCAGCCAAGAAUCCUGGAAGCCGAAGUGAUGGGCGCUUUGACAGCCAUUCAACCAGAGCAACUGCAUCAAAGUCCUGUUCCUCAUCAUUAAGGAGUGCAGCUGUUGCUUCCUUUAAGGAGAUAAAAGUCUCCCAGCCUGUCAGACGCUCCCUGCUAAACUGAAGCAGAUGGAUUUUUGUGCCGCUCUGUGAUUAUAUUAUUAUUUUUUUUAACUUUAUGUUUUAACACAGUCAAAAACAGCUUUUCUGAUGAUUUUGCCAUCUGAAUAUUUAUCUGGGCUUCAGUUGGAAAUGCAUGACGCAACUCUUUUUGUAAGGCUUCUGGAAUGCCAGUGUCUCCACCAACAUUUUUGAGCCCAGUUUGUAACACUAGAUGGCAGCAUUGAGUCAUGAGACAACCCACCUGUCUGGUUCCACUCUGUAUGUUAACCAUUAAAAACAAGACAUGACAUAAUAGUUGCCUUACUGUUAACCUGUUGAACUCAAAUGCUAUUCCUGAGUCUUUUAUCCAUAACUGCACAUGUAUCUUCCUCAUCAAACAGUGAAGCAUUAUUCAGCAUUUUAUCUGUCUAUAUCUAAGAAAGGAUAAUGCAGCACCUGCUUAAUUGACUUUUUUCACUAUUUUACCACUGUGAGCAGCAUCUUUUUGGAAGAGAAAACCUCAUGUCUGACUCUCACUGGUUUGCUCUUUGUGGCAUGUAGUCAUGAAAGCUUUUUUCUGUCUUGUUCUGCAUUUUAAUGAUUAAUGUUCUAAAUUUCCUAGCCUUUGGUUGAAUAGAUUUAAGCACUUAUUUGGACUGGAGAGCUUGUUUUAGGUCUAGUGAAUGAUGUAUCACUGGUCUGGACUUUCAAACACCAAAGGCCUGAAGAGGCUUUGCAGUCUUUCUUUGCUAAAACUUGAUUUAAAUGUGCUGACAAGUAUUUGUUUGCCUUCUUGAGCUAGGAGCUAGAUAGCAGUGGACAAUUAAUCUCAUACCUAUGCGCCUGACAGAACUGGAUAUAGAGGGAUUUAGAAUACCUGCCAAAAAGGAGAUGAUGGACUGCAAUGGUUUCUAUCCUGACAAGCACAUUUUCACAUUUUUAAUUAUUUAGUUACUGUGGAGCUGGUUACAGGAGAGCAAGUCUGCUCAUGGGUUGGUGCUUGAUUUUACUCAGGGAAACAACAACGGCUUCUUACAUCCAAAUGUAUAAAAGAUGCCUUUAUUUUCAGGGGAAUAAAAGUUGAGUUUAAGGUUGAAGUUAAAAUUAAAAUGAGUUUUUUUAAAGACAAAAUUUUCUUGGGUGGUGGGGGGCUUUUUGCCUUUUUUGAUAGGACAGCUAAAGAGAUAGGAUAUAUGGGAGAGAGUGUGGGGGGAACACAUGCACCUAACAGCGCUGUGAUCAGAAAAUAAUACCACUGUGUUGAAGACUUUGAAUUCUGUACAUGGUCACCUGCUCUACCCAUCGAGCUAAACCAGAGCUGAGGUUUUUCUUUGGCAAAAAAUGAGAAGUGCACAGUACACAGGUUUUCCCUUAAUGAAGAGUCUCCCUGUAUGAGAACUACAAUCUAAAUGUAGUACUCAAACAUGUUAAUAUGUAAUAAUGAACAAUUAUUAACAAAUGUUACAUAAUACAAUCCCUAAAUUCCAAAUAUAUGUUUUUUUUUUCUCUAAUCUCCAAAUCAGGCUGUUGUUAUAAACAAUGUCUGGUACAUAAAAAGUAACUCAAUAUCAUCUGUUUAAGGAAUCUUUAUCAGCAGCAUUUUAAAGUUUUAAAUUCAUGCUGCUGUUACAGUCAGCAGACAGCUCAAAUGCAGAGCUGCCACAGCAAGAUGGCAGCUAUCACAAAUAGACCAUAGGAUUGGUCUCUGUACUGAACACAAAAUUACUUGAGUUUAUCUCAUGGGUAUGUAUAGCCAAGUAAUUUCAGAUCAACCAGGUAAGUAUAGUUUUUCUGUUCCUGACCAAACAGGGAAAGUCUUGUCUACUAACCUGC